AUGCUGUCCUGCUGCCCGGCUGUCCUGCUGCUCAGCAUCCUCGAGUUUUGGGCCCGCCGUCAUGUCCUCCUCAUUAUAGCCUAUGACUGUGACGGCAUCAUGUCCUGCUCUGCAUUCCUUUGUUCAAACAGAUCAAUCAGAUCACGCCAGUCACCUCAGAUCACGCUCGACCUCGCCACCCAGCCUCUCGUCUAUAAAAGGCCCUUCCUUUCCCUCUUCCCUCCAAAUUUUUCUUCUUCUCUUUUUCCCUCCGUUUUCCUCUCCCAACUUCUUCUUCUUCACCUUCUUCCACUCUGCACUCUCCCCUUUCUCUCUCUCUCUUUCUCUCUCUUCACACAAACAAGGAUGGGUCUAUGGUCUCUGAUAUGCACCCAACGGUGCAUAUCCCGAGUUCCUGUCAGUGGAUGGGUUGUUACGGCUGUCUUGGAGGUAGACAGUAUCACAACGCCGGAUCUGACACGUCUUGGUUCUCAAGAGCUUCCGAUUGUUGGUUCAACACCUGCUUUCGAGAUGAGCUUGAGAGGCUGCCUACGACCGCCUGUCUGA